AUUGUCUGGAGUAAAUUAUUUGAACAAGCAGUUUACAACAGCAUGUAUUCAAACCAUGAAAAAUGAUCUUUCAUUUUGAAAAACGCUAUGGCUUCCGUAUUAAACUCAGUACAGUUGAUGAAUCAGUAGAACUAACUGACGGAAUAAGGUAACGAGACAAGCUCGAGGAUCGCGGGGUAAAAAAGGAGUUGCUAUUUGUACUCACGCCCCUUUAUCAAUACCAAACUCAGAUUUUCUAACCUGGCAUCGCUUUGUGGAAUGGAUGGAGUAUCAGAUUAUGAUUGGAAUAGAUGUGAUUAUUAUGCCUUAUCCUAUGAAAACAAGCCUCGUUCCAGUUCCUGAUGAAAUAGACAGAGCACUGAACUAUUACGUCAAUAAAGGUCAUCUUCGCCUGAUGGAUCUGCCUUACUACAGAGAAGGACAUUCUGGUAUCACUCAGGAAUCAAAAGUUAUUUACCGGAUAAUGGAUUGGUCAAAAGUGUGGCAUAUUACACACUGCUAUCUCAAGCACGCUCUGGAGUUCGAAUAUAUUCUGGCUCUUGACCUGGAUGAGGUACCUGGAUUUGACGCGGAUCGACCGCCCAACAUUUCAGAAGCCAUAUCCUCAAUGAAAGCUGCUCUGGGAAGUUCAGGAGCUCAGAAAAGUUUCCAACUCAGAGACAGACGAAUGAUUGUGUCCUCAGUGUGUACAGAAUAUUUGAAGCUGGACACAUCCUGGCAAAACGGCACCGUCGAUGAACAUUUUGCCAUUCUCAAUUCCAGAUAUACAUAUGCUAAGCCUCGCCAUAUCGGAAAACAAAUAAUCAGCACAGACGUAUGUGUGCUUUUGUAUCAGCACGGCUGUUGUAGUUACCUUCCGAAAUCGGAGAAAGAACAUUUCAAAGCUCAAUAUUUUUUCGACUCCAAAAAUAAACCAACGGAUCUUCGAAUUGCUAACAAAAACGGAGUUUAUCUGAAUCAUUACAGGACAGUAAAUUGUGCAAAGGACAGACUUGAAACUUGUUGCCUGAAACGCGGGGAUAAAAUCCAGGAAAAUUUUAAUCCGAAUAACAUUCGUCUUCUCGAAAAAAGGAUCCGGAGUCUGGCAGCGGAAUUGAAUUUCACUACAACUUUGCGGUCGGACACACUAUGAACUUUAGAAAGCAAACGAAUCAAUCGUUAAAUUCAAAUUAAAUUUUCGUACACCCAACAUAGUAAUAUAUUUCUGAAACUUCUUGAAACGUUAUUUUGAUAGUUAUUACAAAAAUCUAACCGAUUUGAACUUCGUUAAAAGCUCUUGGUUUUGUCAAUUUGUUUCAUAAACACACUCAUAGUCAUUUAAGUCAAUAGAAUAUAUUCAUUUGUGCCUGCUUGUUGGCCUGCCUUUAUUGCUACAGCUUUC